GCUCGUACGGCUUGCUGCAUCCAAACGUAAUGCAAUCCCUGCCUCAGAAGGUGCCUUCCGCUCAUCAGGACAGGACACGACUUUACGAGUAGCCUGCUAUCCGACCUCUUAUGACAACUCUCUGUGAAUUUUCUCUUUCCUUUUCUUGAAGCGAAUGCUAUGCAGAAUGCAAAUCCUUUUUAGGAGACAAGAAUAUCGACAGUCUACUGUUUAAAAAUUGAUAGACAGGGACCCCAGUUUGUUUCCUCACAGCUUUUGAGUCCGCACCUUGUUACCAGGAAUGGUGGGGGAAGAUGUCUCGGCAAUAAAAGCGCAGAUGGUUGAAAGGACCAACUUCAAUCCCGUCCGGACGGUCGAACGCAGGGUUAAGCAGUAUGAAAGCAAACUCGCAGCUCUGAAUGCCAUUAAUAGCGCGCUCCAAAAGGAAAACGACAAGCUUCGCGAGGAGCUUGCUCGUGCUCAGGACCCUACCACGGAUGCAGAGGAGGAGCUGUUGGAGCUGAAGGAGGAGUUUGCGGAGCGGCUAGGGGCAGCGGAUGCAACCAUACAAGCGCUCAAGGACGAGCGGUCGCGGCUGCAGGCCCAGCUGAGUGCUGCCACUGCGGGCGGGUCGGCAAGUGAAGCUCGGCUGGCUGAGAUGUCCGCCAGCCUGCAGCAGCUGCGGGAGGAGGGGGAGGCGCUGGCCAGGAAGUCGGGGGAACAGGAGGCGGCGCUGAGGAAGGCUCGCGGGGCACUGCGGGAGGUGGAAGCGGAGCGGGACAGGCUCUCGGUGCGAGUCAAGGCGGUGGAAACGCAGCUGCUGGAGGUGCAGGAGAGAGCAGCCGCAGCGGCCGCCACCGCGGCAGCGCAGGCAGAGGAGCUGGAGCGGGAGGUGGGGGCGGUGCGACUGGAGGCCAAGCGGCAGGUGGCGGAGGCGCGCAGGGAGGCGGCGGAGGCGCUGGCAAGGGCGGAGAGCGAGGCGGCCCGUGGCGGUGCCGAGGUGGUUGCUGCCGCCCGCGAGCGCGAGGGCUCCCUGCUGGCCGCCAUUGCGGAGCUGCGGGCGGGGCUGAGCGACACGGAGGGGGCGGCGGCGGAGCGGGAGGAGGCGCUGAGGAGGCAGUGCGGCAGGCUGGAAGACCGGAUCAGGCAGCUGGAGGGUGAGAAGGAGGAGCUGGUCGCCUCCACCACGGACGCCUCCAAGCCGCUGCUCAAGCAGAUAGAGAGCAUGGCAGCGGCAGCCGCAGCGGCCGCAGCAGCCGCAGAGGAGGCGGAGGCCAAGCUGCUGGCGCGCCUGCAGGCGGCGGAGGCGGCCGCGGCGGUGGCGGCGGAUGCGGAGCGAGCGGCGCACAGCC